UGCCACAGUCACCUGCGCUUCUUCUUGUGCUCGCUGUAUGCGCCCAUGUGCACCGACCAGGUCUCGACGCCCAUCCCCGCCUGCCGGCCCAUGUGCGAGCAGGCGCGCCUGCGCUGCGCGCCCAUCAUGGAGCAGUUCAACUUCGGCUGGCCGGACUCGCUCGACUGCGCCCGGCUCCCCACGCGCAAUGACCCGCACGCACUCUGCAUGGAGGCGCCGGAGAACGCCACCGCCGGCCCCGCCGAGCCCCACAAGGGCCUGGGUAUGCUGCCUGUGGCGCCGCGGCCCGCAAGGCCCCCUGGCGACGCAGGCCCCGGCUCAGGCGGCGGCGGCACCUGCGAGAACCCGGAGAAGUUCCAGUACGUGGAGAAGAGCCGCUCGUGCGCGCCGCGCUGUGGAGCGGGCGUCGAGGUGUUUUGGUCGCAACGCGACAGGGACUUCGCACUGGUCUGGAUGGCUGUGUGGUCGGCGCUGUGCUUUUUUUCCACCGCCUUCACCGUGCUCACCUUCCUGCUGGAGCCUCACCGCUUCCAGUAUCCCGAGCGCCCCAUCAUCUUCCUCUCCAUGUGCUAUAACGUCUACUCCCUGGCCUUCCUCAUCCGCGCCGUGGCCGGAGCCCAGAGCGUGGCCUGCGACCAGGAGGCGGGUUCGCUGUACGUGAUCCAGGAGGGCCUGGAGAACACAGGCUGCACGCUCGUCUUCCUGCUACUCUACUAUUUCGGCAUGGCCAGCUCGCUGUGGUGGGUGGUCUUGACGCUCACCUGGUUUCUGGCAGCUGGCAAGAAAUGGGGCCACGAGGCCAUUGAGGCCCACGGCAGCUACUUCCACAUGGCGGCCUGGGGACUGCCGGCGCUCAAGACCAUCGUUAUCCUGACACUGCGGAAGGUGGCCGGGGACGAGCUGACAGGGCUCUGCUACGUGGCCAGCAUGGAUGCAGCAGCUCUCACGGGCUUCGUGCUGGUGCCACUCUCUUGCUACCUGGUGCUGGGUACCAGCUUCCUCCUGACAGGCUUCGUGGCCCUCUUCCACAUUCGCAAGAUCAUGAAGACAGGUGGCACCAACACUGAGAAACUGGAGAAGCUCAUGGUCAAGAUCGGGGUAUUCUCCAUCCUCUACACGGUCCCUGCCACCUGUGUCAUUGUUUGCUAUGUCUAUGAACGCCUCAAUAUGGACUUCUGGCGCCUUCGGGCCACAGAGCAGCCAUGCACAGCAGCCACUAUGCCUGGAGGUCGGAGGGACUGCUCACUGCCAGGGGGCUCAGUACCCACAGUGGCUGUCUUCAUGCUCAAAAUCUUCAUGUCACUGGUGGUGGGCAUCACCAGCGGUGUCUGGGUAUGGAGCUCCAAGACUUUCCAGACCUGGCAGAGUCUGUGCCACCGCAAGAUGGCAGCUGGCCGGGCCCGGGCGAAGGCCUGCAGGGCCCCUGGGGGCUAUGGCCGUGGCACCCACUGCCACUAUAAGGCCCCCACCGUGGUCUUGCACAUGACUAAGACGGACCCCUCUCUGGAGAAUCCCACACAUCUUUAGUGACACAGGUCUGGCAUGGGGUGGCUGCUGCUCCUCCCCCCAGGACAGCUGACUAGCAGCUGCCCAGCUGUCAAGGUCAACAAGUGAGUCCGAGGGGGCUGAGGACCAGGGUGGGGACACAAUGAGUCUCAUGCCCCUACCCACCCACCCAGUGGAGAACAUGGGCCUGGCCAAGCCCCCACAGGGUCCUGGGAGAGGUUGUGAAGAGGGGGCAGAGGGGCAUGGUCCGGCAGGGAGUUUAUUUAAUGAUGUAAUUUAUUGUUGCGUUUCUCUGGAAGCUGUGACUGGAAUAAACCCCCGAGUGGCA